AUGGCGACCAACGGCAGCAAGGUGGCCGAUGGGCAGAUCUCCACGGAGGUCAGCGAGGCCCCGGUGGCCAACGACAAGCCCAAAACCCUGGUGGUCAAGGUGCAGAAGAAGGCGGCGGACCUCCCGGACCGGGACACGUGGAAGGGCCGCUUCGACUUCCUCAUGUCCUGCGUGGGCUAUGCCAUCGGCCUGGGCAACGUCUGGAGGUUCCCCUACCUCUGCGGCAAGAACGGUGGAGGGGCCUUCCUCAUCCCCUACUUCCUCACGCUCAUCUUUGCGGGGGUCCCGCUCUUCCUGCUGGAGUGCUCCCUGGGCCAGUACACGUCCAUCGGGGGCCUGGGGGUGUGGAAGCUGGCCCCCAUGUUCAAGGGUGUGGGCCUGGCUGCCGCCGUGCUGUCCUUCUGGCUGAAUAUCUACUACAUUGUCAUCAUCUCCUGGGCCAUCUACUACCUGUACAACUCCUUCACCACGACGCUGCCGUGGAAGCAGUGUGACAACCCCUGGAACACUGACCGCUGCUUCUCCAACUACAGCAUCGCCAACACCACCAACAUGACCAGCGCCGUGGUGGAGUUCUGGGAGCGCAACAUGCAUCAGAUGACAGACGGGCUGGAUAAGCCAGGGCAGAUCCGCUGGCCUCUGGCCAUCACCCUGGCCAUCGCCUGGAUCCUUGUGUAUUUCUGUAUCUGGAAGGGUGUUGGCUGGACUGGAAAGGUGGUCUACUUCUCCGCCACGUAUCCCUACAUCAUGCUGAUCAUCCUCUUCUUCCGCGGAGUGACGCUGCCCGGGGCCAAGGAGGGCAUCCUCUUCUACAUCACGCCCAACUUCCGCAAGCUGUCCGACUCAGAGGUGUGGCUGGAUGCGGCUACCCAGAUCUUCUUCUCCUACGGGCUGGGCCUGGGAUCGCUGAUCGCUCUCGGGAGCUACAACUCUUUCCACAACAACGUCUACAGGGACUCCAUCAUUGUCUGCUGCAUCAAUUCGUGCACCAGCAUGUUCGCAGGAUUUGUCAUCUUCUCCAUCGUGGGCUUCAUGGCCCAUGUCACCAAGAGGUCUAUUGCUGAUGUGGCGGCCUCAGGCCCCGGGCUGGCCUUCCUGGCAUACCCAGAGGCGGUGACCCAGCUGCCCAUCUCUCCUCUCUGGGCCAUCCUCUUCUUCUCCAUGCUGCUGAUGCUGGGCAUCGACAGCCAGUUCUGCACCGUGGAAGGCUUCAUCACGGCUCUGGUGGACGAGUACCCCAGACUCCUCCGCAACCGCAGGGAGCUCUUCAUUGCUGCCGUCUGCAUCGUCUCCUACCUGAUCGGCCUCUCCAACAUCACCCAGGGGGGCAUUUAUGUCUUCAAACUCUUCGAUUACUACUCGGCCAGUGGCAUGAGCCUGCUGUUUCUCGUGUUCUUUGAGUGUGUCUCCAUCUCCUGGUUUUACGGCGUCAACCGAUUCUAUGACAACAUCCAAGAAAUGGUCGGCUCCAGGCCCUGCAUCUGGUGGAAACUCUGCUGGUCCUUCUUCACCCCAAUCAUUGUGGCGGGCGUGUUCAUUUUCAGUGCUGUGCAGAUGACGCCUCUCACCAUGGGAAGCUACGUGUUCCCCAAGUGGGGCCAGGGCGUGGGCUGGCUCAUGGCCCUGUCUUCCAUGGUCCUCAUCCCUGGCUACAUGGCCUACAUGUUCCUCACCUUAAAGGGCUCCCUGAAGCAGCGCAUUCAGGUCAUGAUCCAGCCCAGCGAAGACAUUGUUCGUCCAGAGAAUGGGCCGGAGCAGCCCCAGGCCAGUGGCUCAGCCAGCAAAGAGGCCUACAUCUAG